GUAAAAGAAGAGGAGAUCUGCUCAUUCUCUUCAAGCGGUGUUUGUCGUUUGGCGCUUCACUAUUUGAAGGCUGAAGCAACUGAUUUGGUAGAAAGUACUUUUACUUUCCUUUCUUCCUGUUCUUUUUCUUCUUUUAAACCAAAAAAAAAAAAUAUCUUCCUUUUUCAAUCCCGCCUACUCGUCUGCCCUCUGAAUCGAAUAGAGAGUUAGUUCUGUAAUCUGAAUUGAAAAUUUGACAAUGGGGAAAUGGGAUAGGAGAUGGGUUCCAAGGAGAAGGAACAACAACAGGAGAUACAAAGAUUAUGACUAUGAAGAACCCCCACCGUCUCCUCCUUCGCCUCAUCAUCCUCAAUCUAACCCUCCUGUAAUUCGUGAUGGGUCUGGAUCAUCGUGGGAAAUAGAAUUUUGUAAGUCGGUCCACGUGCCGUGGCAGAAGGUACUUACUGCUAAAAAGUAUAUGUAUUGCCACGAAAACAUACUUCAGUGGGAUGAUUCUGCCGGCGAACAAGCGUUUCACGAUGCAAAGCGUACAUUUUGGGAAAAGAUUAAUGGCCUUCCCUUGGAGACGCCACUUCCUGAUCCUGAUGUCUACAUUGAUAAAAUUGACUGGCAUCCCAUAAUUGAUCCUGAACUCAUAGCAGAUGUGGACAGGGAGUAUUUCCACCCUGAUGAGACACGUAGUUGGUGCAAGUCGGAUUGGAGAAGAAAAAAGUUUUAUAACCAAGAUUCUCUUUGUGAUCCGGGUAGCAAUAAUAAUAAUCCUUGGGAAAAGGAAUCUUCUCCGAGAAUUGACAGUCUAAAGGGCCAAUCAGAAAAUUGGGGCCAAUAUGACAACUCAGUAAAUGUGAAGAAUGUAAGUGAUCCAUGGGAAGAAAGCUCCUCUCGGUUGGUUGAUUCUUCGAAGAAUUCUUCAUGGACUAGACACGUGGAUAACUCAUCCGGCUGGAAUCAGGAGCUAAAACAUCAAAGGGAGUGCGCGGUCAGUAACAGGGCUAGUGACACUUCAUGGAAACCUGGCAACAAAGAUGGUAGAUAUGGUGUACAGACGGGAUGGAAACAAGAUAACCAGACUAGCACUUGGAAACAAUGGAAUGUUAGUCGUCAUGAUCAGCAGACUUCAUUAGAGAAUGCCAGAUGGCAGGAUGAUUUUGUGCCACAUACUAAAGCUGCUCCAAAUAAAAUUUGGGAUAACAAACAGCUAAAGCGUAGCUUUGAAGGUUCCUUCGGAACUGAUAGAGGAUACCAGUCUGGUUGGAGGAAGAGGGAAGGGUGUUUCCAGAACAGCCAAAGGUACAAAACUUCAAGGUUUCAAGUUGAUGAUCAUGGGGCUCGGUGGCAGAAGGAAAGAUAAAGUAGUUAUGUUUAUUUCAACAUUAGAGAAUUACUUAGGAAAGCCACUGCUCUGAGUCUCUUAUGGUAAACUCUUAAAGGGUUAGUGGAUUUCACUGCGGAUAUGAUUCACAUUUUGUUUGUGUAUCUUCUAUCCCAUUGCAGGCUGAGAUAUUUUAAGGAGCUCCUAGAGGUGGUAUUUUGUUGUACUUUUGCCUUAAUUGUGGUCACCUGCGGAGGAAAUGUGUACAAUCUGCUUUUGGUCUUCUUGGUGAGCUGCAAGCUUGUGCAAUGUGGUUUGACCUUCUGCUCUGCUACUAUCUGUAAUAGCUAUUUUUGCUGACAUUAGUGCAUAAAGAUUGAAGUGAGGCAUUUUUUUUUGGUUCCCCACUUUUCUUCGGAAAAUAUUUCUUAUACAAUGAAACAUGUUAUUAUAGAUUUACAACUAUGCUUGUUGGAGCUAAAGCCAGUGAUUCAAACAAGUCGAUUAUUUCAAAAUUUAUAUGAUUUUGUCAAAGUCUAUUGUGUAAUAUUGUAUAACCUAAAAAUGAAUCUCCUUUUGCACUUCCAAGGAGAUGGUUCUUGUAUCUGUGACUUAUGAAUUUGUAGUGUUGUUUUGUCUUUGCUUUAUAGAUGAGGAUUUCUGUUACAAACUCCUAUUGUGAUCCACUUUCUGCAACUCUUUUAGCUUGUGUUGCAUUGGAGGAAUUAGGAUAGUAGGAUUUAUCUUGAACAGACCUUUUGUUGCUGUUUAGCAUAUCAUGUUCCCAAUGGAACGGAUCUUUUGCCUGUACUAGAGCUUGGUUGGCUGUCUGAAUGAUCUGAAUAUUAGGAUUCUUGAGGCCGGGUGGAAACUAAUUAUAACAGGU